AUGCCUUCGCUCAGUGAGGAUGACGUCUAUGAGACAUUCCUCGCGCUCGCGAUCGAGGCGCGCGAGCUCGCCGGCAUCGUCGACGCGAGCGUUGUUACAUCGUCACCGUCAUCAUCAUCACCUUCAUUCUCCUCAUUCAGUCACAACUCCUCCUUCCAUCUGCACGAACCUCCAAGCGCCUUGAAGUUCUCUCGCAUUGUUGCCGAGCACCUGCCUGCCCUUAUCGACGGAGUCGCACAGCGUCACUUCCCGCGCGCUUACAAGGAGUGGAAGCGUACCAGCCAUCUGUGCAGCCGCAUGAGUGGUAGGAAGGUCAAAGUCGCCUUGACGCCCAAUGGGCGUGCAGAUGACAUCGUUAUAAUGCAGAGCAUGAAAGAUGAGCGCCAGGCUGAAGAAACGAGACGUGCCGCUCGAUGUGCCAGGACUUUCGAUGAGCUUUUCCUUGCUCUUCACCCUAACGAUGAGGAAGGAAAACAGGGCAUGGUGGCCUAUCUCCAGUCGCAAGACUCGAAUUUGACAUCUAAAGAAGAAAACUUGGCUGGCGACUUCGCUCCUUUGCUUCGAGACCUGCAAUGGGCUCCUUCCUCCUCAUCUGCUUCCUCAUCUUCAUAUAGUGCGCCUCCGCGUACCGACAUACCAUGGGCUACUGAAGCGCUCGGCGUUGCACCUGAAGCCACCAACAUCUGGAUCGGCACGUCGCGCUCGCAGAGUUCGAUGCAUCGUGAUCACUACGAGAACCUUUUCACAUGCUUCCGGGGCAAGAAGACAUUUACACUUUACCCGCCUUGGGAGAACUUCUUCUUUGAAGGCGACGAUGUAUAUGAUGUCUAUCGCUGGCGCCUGCUGGAGAGGAAGGAAGGAGAAGACACCUGUGACUACGUACGCGGCUCGGCUUUGUUUGAACUCGCUAAGGAAGACUCCCCGCCGACACCGUGGAUCCAGAUAGAUCCGACUCAGCCCGUCUCGCACCCACGCAACGCAAAACAUUCCAUUUACGUCCGCGCUCGUGCGUCCCUUCCGCCGAUCAGAGUGGAGGUACACGAAGGUCAGACUCUCUACCUUCCAUCGGGGUGGUAUCACCAUGUGGCGCAGGAGGAAGACGAUGAGUCGGAUGCGGUACUUCAGCGGGAAGGAGAGGGCGUGUGCUUGUGCGUAAAUUGGUGGUACGAGUCGACUGUCAACGAUCGAUGGGCUUGGUCUUCCUUUGCGACGCAGAUGGGAAAGCGGGUUCGUGGCACUUUUGAAAACGAUGACGUGGGGUAGUGCCGAUGGAUGGGGUAAUGUAUUCUGUAUCUCAACGGUUUCCCGUGUGUGGC